CUAAACAAUAAUAAAAAACAUUCGUUACAUUUGCACUUUUAUAUUUUAAUUUAAUCUCUAAUACCCAAAAGGAAAAAUGCUUCUGGACACGCUCCCGUCAAACAUCCACAAGCAGAUCCUCCAGUACCUUCGGUCAUGGGACUACACACAAACCGAUCUCCGAUCACUCUCCCAAGUAAGCCGCCACCUCCGCAAACUCACACUCCCAAGCGUCUACGAGUACUUCACUCUAACAGACAUUAUACUUUCACAAGACUAUGGUAAUUUCUCUGCCGUGCAGCCGCAUCUCUCGCGAGUAUUGGUGGCGGACGAUCCGGAGAUUUCAGAUGAUCAGUGGGUGGUGACAUUGGAUGAAUUGGAGAGGAUGAGUUGGGAGCAUGUGAGGAUGGUUUCGGUGGAGCUGGAGGGUCUGCGGUGUAGGCAGGGGGCGGAGUGUCGGAGGAGGAUUUUGGCGUUUGUUCAUGGGCGGCUUGGCCACGUGGCGGAAUUGUGGGUCGGGCUGGGUGCGGGAAGCUCUGAGGUUGAGCGGUUUUUCACCAGCGGUGGAUCGGGGGCGUUUGCGCAGGUCGAGGAGCUUAGGGUUAUUGGCAAGACGAUGGGUGCGGAAGUUCUCGGGAUGCAAAUACCGGAGUACCCACAUCUAACGGUCGUGUAUCUGGACGGAUCAGCGGCGCGCAGCACUGAUAUUCUGGAGGUGGUGCGGCGCAGUAGCAGUACGCUGGCGGAUCUUAACAUGGAUGAGUUCCAAGCAGAGAUGGCCGUGGCACUAGGCAUGUCACCCUUGGCCGAGCCAUUGGUGGUGUACCCGGUGUUGCGGCGGCUAGCAGUGUCCAGCGCCAACGACCAUGAGGGCGACCUCCUGGACGGCCGCAGCCUACCGGCUGUAACCUCGCUGUACUGCAGCCAGACACAGUACCCGGUGUACAACGGCAGCAACAUCAUUUCGGAUAGUACGCAGGUGCGGCUACUGCGGCACCCAUGGCCGGCAGCCCGCUGCCUGGCAGUCGACGCGCUGUCCCGCGGCGACCUAUUGCUGUUGGGCGAGUCAUUGCCGCAGCUGCAAGUACUAAGUAUGGGGGCACUCGGCGGCGACGUGCAUCUGGGCGACAUCCACCGGCCAGCAGCAGCACUUCAAAUGCGCGAUCUAGGAGCAGUGCUUAGUGCGCUCCCAGGGCUGGUGGAUCUGCGCAUCGAGGUGCCGGAGCCAUACGAGGACAUGUACACUGGCCUGGUAGAGGAACCCGGCAAUGCAGUUGACCGGCCGGCGGAUCCGCUGAUGCUCGCCACGGGCCUGGUGCCGGAGCCACACUUGGCGCUGCGCCACCUGACGGUCAACGCCUGGGCGCUGACCUUUGACCAGAUCCUCGGCGUCAUUGACGCGCUGCCGCAGCUCAAUGCGCUCGAGUGCGUGCUGCUGUUCAGCUCAAGACACCCGGCGACCCGGCAGAUACACGCCGGUGGCAACCAUUUGGCGUCGGUCAGCUUGGCCCACACGGUGCCGCUGAGGAUGAAACACAUGUUCAAGGCCAACCUUCUGCGAUUCGCUGGCGCGCUGGCCGGAAGACGUCUGAGGGCUCUGGACGUCUACGGCGCACUGGAGAUCACCGGCAUUGAAAAGACGCUGGAGCGCGCAUUGCCCGGCUGCGUAACGAACUUCUACCCGCUGGUGCCGAGCUUUGAGCAGGGGUACGAAUAAAAGAAAUAUAGAACAAAUAUGGGGGGGGGAGGG